AUGGGACGAAAGAACAAAAAGUCCAAGGUUGUCUUCAUUGAUGUUGACGGGCCUAACAAGCACGGAAUGUUGUCCGCGGCGGUGGUUUCUCAAACUGGACAGAAAAUCUUCAAAGGAACUGCGUGCCCUGAGCAAAUGACGGAGAUCUUGGAAACGAAGACGUCCGACAAAGUCAUUGGAGGGCACAAUGUUCAGUGCGACUUGAGCAGAUUGACGCACAACAUUGCCUACAAAGGGACCAUCGACACGCAGAACCUCGGCUCCAUCUUCCACUCUUCCAACAAGCACGAUCCUGUUGAAGAUGCCCGAGGAUCCCAGCAGCUCGCGAAGGAACACGGCUUGAUCUAG